CACAGAUAGUGCAGGCAUUGGUGGUAAUAUGCUUCUACUUUCUGUAUGAAGCUGGGAGCGUCUGCCUGUUGGACGCCCGAAGAGCGUCAGGUUUAAUCCUUGGUAUGAAGAUGAACAUGACGAAUUACGGCGCCCCACUUGGGCUUACAAGUGGGAUGUGGUUUCCGAGAUGACGAACGAUGUCAAUCUCAUGUACCAGAAGUACGUUGCCGAGUUGGACACGAUUACGCCUGAGCAGGUGGAAUGGCAGCCAUAUGGCGCCGAUGACAGACUUGGGUACACCCUGGAGUUUAGCAUCAACCCGAUGUGCUUGCGGGAUAGGUAUCUCUGGCUUAUGCGGUGCCCACUGAUAUGCAACUGGGCUAUUGAGUUUCAUUUGCCACAUCGCGUGUUUCGUCAGUUUGGUCUGUUCCAGCCUCACCCGCCGGAAUGGGUGGAUACUGACAAAGCACUUCAUAGGUUGGACAGGAGAAGGCAGCGGAAGAUAAAGGACUGGGACAAGCAUCAUGCUUCGUAUGUUACCCGCUUCCAGCUUUGCAUGGAGCAAGCUCGUAGCAGUGCACGCGCCCAGCUUCGUGAGCAUAACCCACUUGCUUUUGAUAACUACAUACGAUGGCUUCUUGAAAAUACUCGAGUUGAGAUAUGCCCGCCAGCAUAUAAUGAGGAUAUUCUUGAAGAACCCGUAAACUUUGAGGAUCUAUCAAAGUGGAAGUACAACAGAGAUGUCAGGGUAGGGCAAGGAGUCCCUGCUGUUCCGGUGAUUAACUAUGUGGUAAAGUGUUCCUUCUUUACUUUCCCGUUGGCCGUACUACACAUGUUUGAAUGGCUAACGUGUUCAUUCUUUCUCAUCCGCAACGCACCGAGAUCAAGAAAGCAGCUGAUGAGAGCCAGUCUAUUCUCGAGAACACACCAGUUGGAAAAGGCAAUGAUGAUGGUUCACUACGAGCAUUCCUCAAGCGUCAGGCCAAGAAGUUAAGGCGGUUAUCGAAUCUUCUCGGUUGCCGUGAUCCCGAAUUUGAUGAACCAUCUGCCUCUAGGUCUGGUACACCAUCAGACCCCUCAUCUCACCAUCAGGGGGACG